AUGGGGUGUAUGACUAGAAUUAAUGCGAUAUUCAAUGAUGAAGGUGGAUAUACCGUAUCUAAAGUGAUAUUAGAUCACACACACGCUUGUAGUCCAGGAAAGGCAAGACAUAUGAGAUGCUUUAAAAAGGUUGAUGCUCGUGUGGCUAAAAGGCUUGAAAUAAAUGACGAGGCAGGAAUAAGGUUGUCCAAAAAUUUCAAGUCUGUGGUUGUUGAGGCGGGAGGUUACGAGAAUGUACCAUUUGGGGAGAAGGAGUGUCGAAACUACAUUGACAAAGCACGACAACUUCGCCUUGGGGUUGGAGGUGGUGUAGCUCUAUGUAACUAUUUCGAAUAUAUGCUAAAAAAAAAUCCAGAAUUUUAUUAUAAGGUUGACAUUGACAAUGAGAUGCAGUUAAAUAAUGUCUUUUGGGCAGACACUCGGAGUAGAGCUGCGUAUGAAUCAUUCGGGGAUGUGAUUACAUUUGAUACAACAUAUUUGACUAAUGCGUAUGAAAUGCCUUUUGCACCGUUUGUGGGUGUGAACCACCAUGGACAAUCAAUCUUACUCGGGUGCGGAUUGAUAUCCAAUGAAGACGCAAAUACAUUCCAAUGGUUGUUUGAGUCAUGGUUGCAGUGUAUGAAUGACCAACUGCCAAAUGCAAUCAUCACAGACCAAGACAAGGCCAUGAAAAUUGCAAUUUCGAGGGUGUUUCCAACUUCUAGGCAUCGUUUCUGCUUGUGGCAUAUAAUGAAAAAGCUUCCUGAGAAGUUUGGAUCACAUUGUCGAUAUGGGGAAAUCAAGAGUACUUUACAUAGGUCUGUUUAUGACUCUUUUAGUGAGCAUGAAUUUGAGGAACAUUGGUGCAAUAUGCUCAAUACCUAUGAUUUGCAUGAGAAUGCAUGGUUGGUAUCAUUGUAUAGUGAUCGGCAUUUUUGGGUGCCAACUUAUGUUAGAGACACAUUCUGGGCAGGAAUGUCAACUACACAGCUGAGUGAAGGAAUGAAAGCAUUUUUUGACGACUACGUUCACUCUAGAACAACUCUGAAACAAUUUGUUGACCAGUAUGAUUCAGCCCUUAGAAGGAAGGUAGAGAAUGAAGCAAUUGCUAACUUCAAUUCAUUUAACACAGACAUUCCUUGCAUCAAUCGCUAUCCUCUUGAGAAGCAAUUUCAAAAAGCAUAUACUCUUGCUAAAUUCAAAGAAGUAUAA